CCAGCUACAGGCACGAAAGAGCUCCAUUUUGUGAGAGCCGUCGAAGCAGAGCACCGUCCCCCGAGAACAGGCGAAAACCUAGAAACGACAAAAAGUCAUAGUUAGCCGACGAACCGCUCGCUAACCAAGUUAUUAUCCGAAAGGAAAGCAAAUCUUAUCGUAUGUCCGAUAUCCAGAACCUCCAAACUUUUGACCCCUUUGCUGAUGCAACUAAGGGUGAUGACCGCCUCCCAGCCGGGACAGAGGACUAUAUCCACAUAAGAAUCCAACAGCGGAACGGCAGGAAGACCCUCACCACUGUCCAGGGCAUUGCCAUCGACUAUGACAAGAAGAAGCUAGUCAAGGCCUUCAAGAAGAAGUUUGCGUGCAAUGGGACAGUGAUUGAGCACCCAGAGUAUGGUGAAGUGAUCCAGCUUCAGGGAGACCAGCGCAAGAAUAUCUGCCAGUUCCUCAUUGAGAUUGGCCUGGCCAAGGAGGAGCAGCUCAAAGUCCACGGCUUCUAGAAGCUGCUAGCAGCCCUCUCCCCUUCUGUCCUAGAAGGCCAUUAACCCCCCCCCCCCCACCCCUCCUCCUAUGUGCUGCUGUUGCUCUUCCUCCCCCCUCUCCCUCCUUGCAACCCCACCAGCUCCUAUUAGCUAACACGUGAAUUACCUCUGACAAACAUGGGAUUCUGUAACACCACCGCCCACCGACGACACCAGGGGGCAGGCUCGCUCUCGCAAAGACAAACCACUGCAGCUCCACACAACAUCAGGGAUGAGUGGUGAUGACCCUCCCUCACAAACUUCCCUUUCCCCUUUUUGUUUAUAUCCUUUUUUAAUUUUUUUUUCUUUUUAGGUCUUGUGCCACAAAAAGGAGGCAUCGUUUCAUGUAACUUUUUUGUUUUGUACUUCAAGGUGUUUCAAUAAAACGUUGAGUCUCCA